AUGCACAAUCGACUAAAAUUCCUACUGAACUGCAGAAAGUGCAAAAUAGUGCCGAAGUGUUUGGACUACAAAAUAAGCAUGUGCCUAGACAACGAAAAAUCCAAGAAAGAGUUAAGAAUCUUGGAACACAAACAAAAAAUCCGUAUGGUAAGUCUUGCCAUCAGCGACACGAAAAGAACAACAGCGCGCCUUAAACCGAAAAAGAAAUUCCUCUCCGAGAAACUGCAAAACCUUCUCGAUGCUGAGGAUUGGCGCAAAAUAAUUGAAAUGGUAUCAAAAAGAACAGCCUCCACAUUUAAGAAGACCAGAAAGACAGAAAUCAGAAAAUUAGAUUUUCUUAAAAAGAAGAAAAUUCUAGAAACAACCAUCCAAGCGGACUGGAUCGAAAACACAACAACUGUGGAAAUUCCGGAUUAUCUGGAACGGGCACUUCUUCUGGGACCCAACUUCAACAUCCAGCCGACAACGAACAUCCCGUACGUUGCUUUCAUUGCCGACGUCGAGAGCGCAAUAAAACAAAAACCCGACGCAGACGACAUCAGGAGCAGCAUCGCGACGAUGAUCAACAACUACGUAGACUUCCAAAACCAACCGCGCGCCAAAAACUACGAUUGGAUUCAUAAGGACGUCAUCCACAGCCGAAAGUUUCUCCGAGAACACAACGAACUGAUCAUCACGAAAGCAGACAAAGGGAAUAAAACCGUCGUGAUGCUAGCGACUGAGUACAGCGAAAAAAUGACAGCUAUGGUAAGUGAUACAACAACGUACACACCACUAACCGCAGAUCCAACGGAAAAAAUACUUAAACGCAUUAACACGAUGUUGGAUUUGUGGCACGAAAACAAGUACAUUACCACUUACACAAAAAAUAAAUUAAAACUAUUCAACUGCCCACCGCCGAGGAUUUACGGUCUCCCCAAAAUCCAUAAAGAAGAUCGUCCACUUCGACCUGUGGUGUCAACAGUCGGGUCAGCUACGUACCGCAUGGCUCAGUUUUUAGCCAACGUACUGCAAAACGUCGUCGGCAAAACUGAACACCACGUGCGCAGUAGUUUCGACUUCGCGUCGGAAAUUACCAACAUUCGGGUCCCCGAAGGUUAUAUCAUUUACUCAUUGGACGUCGUGUCGCUCUACACGAACGUGCCAAUCAAAAAUGUGUAUGAAAUAAUAGAACAAAAGUGGCGGGAAAUUAGCGAAUACACGCCGAUACCAUGGACUGAAUUCAAACGCGCCCUUCAAACAAUUCUAGGAGCGUCGUUUUUUCAGUACAACGGUAAAAUAUUUGAACAAACGUUUGGUACACCGAUGGGCUCUCCUCUAUCUCCUGUAGUAGCGUCUCUCCUGAUGGAACAACUCGAGGAAAGAGCCAUCCAAAAUCUACGAGAUAAAGACGUCAAUCUCGUGAUGUACAAACGUUAUGUUGAUGACUGCUUGAUCAUUGGCAAGGAGAGUGACAUAGAUCACCUCAAUAAUCAAAAAACUAAGAGCGACGCCACAGUUCUCAAGAAAGAAUUCGAAAACGACGACCCCAAACACGACGACAACAACCGACUGCACGACGUCACCAAGAACGCAAAACGCAAGCUACUAGAAGCGAUUCAAAAUCUGACUCAAAAUGAGGUUACCUGCUGGCGUGAAACUUAUGAAUUCAACUUCUAA